AGCAGGCCCCGCCCGCCCGCUGGAGCUCCGCCCGCCGCCGCCCAUUGGCGCACGAGCCGGGGCGCAGGCGGGGCGGCGGUUCCGAGGCGGGCGCGCGUGGGCCGGGUCCUCACUGCCUGCUGCGCACCCGAGCGAGCCGCUGUCCCUCGGCCUCCUCGCCAUGGACGUCAAAGUCUCUUCGACCCCUCGGGGCUCCUAUCGGAAGUUCUUGGAGCAGCUCUCCGGGGCCGGCAAAGCCAUUGGUGUGCUGACCAGCGGUGGGGAUGCCCAAGGAAUGAACGCUGCUGUCCGCGCGGUGGUGCGCAUGGGAAUAUACGUGGGGGCCAAAGUGUACUUCAUCUAUGAGGGUUACCAAGGCAUGGUGGAUGGAGGCUCCAACAUUGUAGAAGCCAACUGGGAGAGCGUCUCCAGCAUUCUGCAAGUGGGCGGGACGAUUAUCGGCAGCGCACGCUGCAAGGCCUUCAGGACGCGGGAAGGCCGCCUCAAAGCUGCCAGCAACCUGGUCCAUCGGGGCAUCACAAACCUGUGUGUCAUUGGGGGUGACGGAAGUCUCACCGGGGCCAACAUCUUUCGGAAGGAGUGGAGCAGCUUACUGGAGGAGCUGGCCCGGGAUGGCAAGAUUGAUCAUGAAGCCGUGCAGAAGUACGCUUACCUCAACGUGGUGGGCAUGGUGGGCUCCAUCGACAACGACUUCUGCGGCACCGACAUGACCAUCGGCACCGACUCGGCUUUGCACAGAAUCAUUGAAGUUGUCGAUGCCAUCAUGACCACUGCUCAGAGCCACCAGAGGACUUUCGUUCUGGAGGUGAUGGGGAGGCACUGUGGGUACUUGGCUCUGGUGAGUGCCUUGGCCUGUGGUGCAGACUGGGUGUUCCUUCCGGAGUCUCCGCCAGAAGAAGGCUGGGAGGAAAGCAUGUGUGUCAAGCUCUCGGAGAACCGUGCCCGAAAGAAAAGGCUGAAUAUUAUCAUUGUGGCUGAAGGAGCCAUCGACACGCAAAACAGACCCAUCACCUCUGAGAAAAUCAAGGAGCUUGUCGUGACACAACUGGGGUAUGACACUCGCGUGACCAUUCUUGGACACGUGCAAAGAGGAGGGACACCUUCGGCAUUUGACAGAAUCUUGGCUAGUCGCAUGGGCGUGGAGGCGGUCAUCGCCCUGCUGGAGGCCACCCCUGAGACCCCGGCCUGUGUCGUGUCGCUGAGUGGGAACCAAGCUGUUCGGCUGCCCCUCAUGGAGUGUGUGCAGAUGACUCAAGAUGUGCAAAAGGCCAUGGAUGAGAGAAGAUUUAAAGAUGCUGUACAGCUCCGAGGGAGGAGCUUUGAAACCAACCUGAACACCUACAAGCGACUUGCCAUCAAGCUGCCGGAUGAUCAGAUCCCAAAGACUAACUGCAAUGUGGCUGUCAUCAACGUGGGGGCUCCCGCAGCUGGGAUGAACGCAGCUGUGCGCUCGGCCGUGAGAGUGGGGAUCGCUGACGGUCACAAGAUGUUCGCGGUCUACGAUGGCUUUGAUGGCUUCGCCAAAGGCCAGAUCAAAGAGAUUGGCUGGGGAGAUGUUGGAGGUUGGACUGGCCAAGGAGGAUCCAUUCUUGGGACAAAACGUAUUCUUCCUGGAAAGUACUUGGACAAGAUUGCUACCCAAAUACGUACCCAUAAUAUCAACGCCGUAUUGAUUAUUGGUGGAUUUGAGGCUUACCUGGGACUCCUAGAGCUGUCGGCUGCCCGGGAGAAAUAUGAGGAGUUCUGUAUCCCCAUGGUCAUGGUUCCUGCCACUGUCUCCAACAAUGUACCAGGUUCUGAUUUCAGCAUCGGGGCAGACACAGCUCUGAACACGAUCACCGACGCUUACCACGGCAUGAUUAUAAUGGGCGAGGCACGAAGCCAGCACGAGGAGUUUUGCAUCCCAAUGUGCCUCCUGCCGGCUACUAUUAGCAACAAUGUCCCAGGCACUGACAUAAGUAUUGGUUCUGACACUGGCCUGAAUACGGUUGUUGAGACGUGUGACCGCAUCAAGCAGUCGGCCAGCGGGACCAAGCGCCGCGUGUUCAUUAUUGAGACCAUGGGGGGCUACUGCGGAUACCUGGCCAACAUGGGAGGACUGGCGGCCGGAGCAGAUGCUGCCUACAUUUUUGAAGAGCCGUUUGACAUCCGGGAUUUACAGUCCAAUGUGGAGCACCUGACAGAGAAAAUGAAGACCACCAUUCAGAGGGGGCUUGUGCUGAGAAAUGAGAGUUGCAGUGAAAAUUACACCACAGACUUCAUUUAUCAGCUCUAUUCGGAAGAGGGCAAAGGAGUAUUUGACUGCAGGAAGAAUGUGCUGGGCCACAUGCAGCAGGGUGGAGCACCUUCUCCAUUUGACAGAAACUUUGGAACCAAAAUUUCUGCCAGAGCUAUGCAGUGGAUUUCCACGAAGCUGAAGGAGGCCCCAGGCAAAGGUAAAAAAUUUGUUUCCGACGAUUCCAUUUGUGUGCUCGGAAUAAGCAAAAGAAACGUUGUUUUUCAACCUGUGACAGAGCUGAAGAAGGAAACAGAUUUUGAGCACAGAAUUCCCAAAGAACAGUGGUGGCUGAAACUCCGGCCAGUCAUGAAAAUCUUGGCCAAGUAUAGGACAAGUUACGAUGUGUCUGACUCUGGCCAGCUGGAGCCUGUGCAACAACAAAAUGGUCAAGAAGAGCAUGCAGCCAUCUGAACUCCACCUACCAACCGCACUGGGCCAACACAGGUGUCUAGGCAGACCUGAAAUUUACUGAGGACCGUCCUUUUUUGUAACCUUUAAGUUAUUUAUCUGCGCUUCGUGCAAGCAUUGUUAAUCAAGUGUUGACAGUAAUACCUGAUCAGAGAGCACCAGUCACAAUCGGAUCCUACAAAACCAAGGGCCGUGCUCUGUGCUCAUUCCAGUGAGUUGGCUUUCGACUGUAUGCUGUACUUUCAUGCUUUCAAAUGUGUUUCUAGUGGAAUUAAAUGUUUGCCCCAAACUCCCAACAAUACUUGAUUUAUUG